GCGCCCGCCACCACGCCCGGCUAAUUUUUAUAUUUUUAUUAGAGACAGUGUUUCACCAUGUAGACCAGGCUGGUCUCGAACUCCUGACCUCAGGUGAUCCGCCCGCCUCGUCCUCCCAAAGUGUUGGGAUUACAGGCGUGAACCGCCGCGCCCGGCCACAAUCUUUAAAAGAUUACAACUAUGUCUCCUGGGACUGCACGUUCACUACACACCACGCUCACGAGCGCUCGCAGCGGGUAUGGAACUCUACAGAGUCCUUUCAUCUCCCGUCUCACUGAGAGGAAGAAGCCCUUUCUUUUCACUGUGAUAACCUCCAGGUCCUCCCGCCCAUCGUCUGCUUCGACGAGGAAGGAAAUGGCACCCCAACGGGGUCGGCCUCCAGAUUUCCAUCGUUGCAUUUACAACUGCUACAAAAAUGCCAGCACUCCAUCAACAUGAAGAAGAGAAGUUCUUCUUAAAUGCCAAAGGCCAGAAAGAAACUUUACCCAGCAUAUGGGACUCACCUACCAAACAACUUUCUGUCGUUGUGCCUUCAUACAAUGAAGAAAAACGGUUGCCUGUGAUGAUGGAUGAAGCUCUGAGCUAUCUAGAGAAGAGACAGAAACGAGAUCCUGCGUUCACUUAUGAAGUGAUAGUAGUUGAUGAUGGCAGUAAAGAUCAGACCUCAAAGGUAGCUUUUAAAUAUUGCCAGAAAUAUGGAAGUGACAAAGUACGUGUGAUAACCCUGGUGAAGAAUCGUGGAAAAGGUGGAGCGAUUAGAAUGGGUAUAUUCAGUUCUCGAGGAGAAAAGAUCCUUAUGGCAGAUGCUGAUGGAGCCACAAAGUUUCCAGAUGUUGAGAAAUUAGAAAAGGGACUAAAUGAUCUACAGCCUUGGCCUAAUCAAAUGGCUAUAGCAUGUGGAUCUCGAGCUCAUUUAGAAAAAGAAUCAAUUGCUCAGCGUUCUUACUUCCGUACUCUUCUCAUGUAUGGGUUCCACUUUCUGGUGUGGUUCCUUUGUGUCAAAGGAAUCAGGGACACACAGUGUGGGUUCAAAUUAUUUACUCGAGAAGCAGCUUCACGGACGUUUUCAUCUCUACACGUUGAACGAUGGGCAUUUGAUGUAGAACUACUGUACAUAGCACAGUUCUUUAAAAUUCCAAUAGCAGAAAUUGCUGUCAACUGGACAGAAAUUGAAGGUUCUAAAUUAGUUCCAUUCUGGAGCUGGCUACAAAUGGGUAAAGACCUACUUUUUAUACGACUUCGAUAUUUGACUGGUGCCUGGAGGCUUGAGCAAACUCGGAAAAUGAAUUAGGUUGUUUGCAGUCUUCAGUUGUGUUCUUAUGCUUCAGUGUCACAUUUCAUUUCAUUUGAAACUAAAAUUUUAAGUAAAGCUGAAAUAAACUUCUUAUCAUUGUC